GCAUUCCGGCAACCGACGGCAAGGGUUGACGUUCGCUGCAUGAGAGAAAGGACCGGGGGUAAUGUCCGGUCAUUCGUGGAGGCAGCCGGCGUGGCAGACAAGUUCCCCGCCUUGAAGUGCGGCGAUCCAGAUGUAGACAAGCUCGUCCUAUGUAAACGUGGGGGUUGCCUAUUGGAGUUGUUCGUCCUGAACAAGCAAAAGGAGAGCAGGGCGCCUAGCAAACGCCGAGCAAAGCGAGGGCCGAAGUGGACGUGCGCUCCUGAACCUGUCAAGCAGCUAAAACGCCGGUGUUUUGAUCGCUACUGCACUUCGCCUGCGGCGUUGGAGGCUUUGCUGGGUGAUGUUAGCAUCAGCGGGUGUGUGCUGGACACGUGCGGGGGGGCGGGUGAUGCUAUAGUGACUCGCCUUCGAGACACGUGCCAAGUACUUACGAACGAUGUACGACCGAGGACGGACCUAGUUGUGCAAUCUACUCCAAGCUUUACGUGCCUUCUUUCGUAGGUCCCGUCGUAGGUAGGUUCGCACCAGCGGACGCUUAUUGUUUGUCCAGCCCUUUUUUUCUCGUCGAAGUUUGGCUAUGUAAAACGAGAUGCGUUGUUGUUUGAAUCCUCCACAGUUUCAAUAGGCCGCAAACCGAGUGUACUCACGGCACAGAUGUUGCUUUCGGUACACGCACAUGGAGCAACUCAAGCUUGACUGUAUCCGAUUUUUGCCGAAGCAUGUCG